AUGAUGGAGAAAAUCGUCAGAAUGCCACAGUUGAGACAGUUACUCGGAGAGUUUCCUGGAAAUAUGAAAUUCUGCUUUGCUUAUGGAUCAGGUGCGUUCAAACAGACCAACAACGAUGGCAACAACAUGCUGGAUCUUAUAUUUGUCGUACGCAACGCCAACAAAUGGCACGCGGAGAAUUUAACACGAAAUCCUAAGCAUUACGCUAAGCCAUUGAGAUUCCUCGGUCCUAAGGUGAUCACUAAUGUCCAAGAGAGAUCGGGCGCCAAGAUAUUUUACAAUACGCUAGUGACGACGAGCGAGGGCCAGCUCAUUAAGUAUGGAGUGAUCUCUGAGGUUUCUUUGGUGGAGGAUUUGUUAGAUUGGAACGAUCUGUAUUUAGCAGGGAGAUUGCAUAAACCGGUUAAGAUACUGAUGGAACCGGACGAGAAUUCCCAAUUGCGUACCGCUCUGGUGCAGAACUUACAUUCGGCUGUGCACGCGGCUCUGCUAUUGCUGCCCGAGCAUUUUACGGAAAUUGACUUUUUCAAAAGGAUCACCAGUCUCUCCUACCACGGUGACUUUCGCAUGAUUUUCGGCGAGAACAAAGAUAAGAUCAGCAACAUCGUGUUGCCGCAGUUGCAUCAUUUCAAGCAGCUGUACGAACCGAUCCUGAAACACUUCGAUAACUACGUAGAUAUCCCAAAGUCAGAUCACAUGGCUGUCAUGUGUCAUCAGGAUACCUCUCCGGCGACCAGAAUCCAUCAUUUGAAUCAUUUGCCCAGAACACCCCAGGUUAAAUUGGUCAGGGCGUGGUCUCACGGUCCGAGGUCGAAGGACACGGAGGACUGUCUGCGCGCAAUCGCACACGAUCCGGAGUGUUGCGACAUAUUGGAGCAGUGUCUGAAAGAGAUUGUUUGGAGAUCUAGCGUCAUGCAGAGCCUAAAGGGAAUCGUGACCGCGGGGCUCGUAAAGUCUGUUAAAUAUAGCGGCGCCAAGAUAAUUAAGAUGCUACAAUCCACCCCCAAGCUACCUAAGCCUGUUCCAACUGAAAUCAAUAAAAUUGUCGAGACUGUUGUAAAGAAGACAGAGCCUAAGGAGGCUGAGAAGCGCGUCGAGUAG